AUGACGAAGAAAGUCGUUGCAUUUAUACUUAUAGCACUGCUAUCGUUAGUAGUAUGGGUCUAUAGAAGUUCUAACUUCGAAUAUAAUAACACGAUAGUGUUAAUAAAACAAAAUACGCUCUUCAAACAUGCUUUGAUAAAUCGUCUGAAUACAACUUGCGAUCGACAUCCCUUGUUUGUGAUAAUAGUAACUUCUUAUGUUGGUCAUGUAGAGUUGAGGAGUGCUCACAGACGGUCCAUGCCUAUAGAAUACUUAGCUGCUCAUAAUGUAACAAGAGUUUUUCUAUUAGCAAAAAUACCUGGAAAUGAGAGAUAUAUCACUCAAGAAGCAAUCAAUGACGAGAGCAAUACAUUCGGUGAUAUUUUACAAGGACAGUUCUAUGAAAAUUACAGAAACCUUACAUACAAACAUCUCAUGGGACUGCAAUGGGCAUCCACAACAUGCAGUACAGCAUCCUUCAUCUUAAAAGUUGAUGAUGACACAGUAUUUAAUUUUGAUCAAACAUAUGAGUAUAUUAAGACAUUAUCUACUAAUAAAAGCAACUCCUUAAUAGGAUAUAUCUUAAACAACACUCAGCCAAGAAGAAACAGUGAAAACAAAUGGUUUGUUACAUAUGAGGAGUAUCCAAGAAGUGUCUACCCUCAGUAUCUAUCGGGAUGGUAUUAUAUAAUAACUCCGGAAACUGCAAGAAUUAUAAGUCAGGAAGCUACUUAUCAUCCUUACUUCUGGAUAGAUGAUAUUUUUGUCACAGGACUUCUCACUGAAAGCCUCGGUCUUAAACUAAAACAACUACCCUCAAACUACUGGUUAGAAUACUAUGAACUACUCGAAUGCUGCCUUCGUGAUAUGAUAAAGAAAUCUAUUGUAUGUGACUACACUGUGGGCCCUAAUGGUGGCAGAAACAAUUUGAUUGUAGAAUUUAAUGAGGCCUAUAGAAAUUGCCAAAAAUGGAGUAAUUGUACCCGAGCAAAUGAUUACAAUUUGAAAAAAGAAUGUGUUGUUAGUAGGGAAAGAACAAUUUUUAGUGAUGGCAAAGCUAUUAUUGAUCAUGAAAUACUCUGA